UUCGCGGAAGGCUGUAGUUAUAUUGUACUAGGUAGAUAUAGUAUUGCACCCGUGAGACUCGCGAGAUGCUAAGUGUGCGGUGUCUGAAAAUAGAGCUUUUGCCUGCGUACAAUAAGGGAUAUGAUAAGAAGGUUCGAGAUCCUAUGUUAGAAACGGCUUUAAUUAAAAUACCUCUAUCACCGGGGUAUUUAUUCGAUCCGGAAAGUUUUACAUUCAUUUUGGAAGCAGCUGGAGGAGUGCGUAAAGUAUUUUGGCCAUUAAAUAAGGAUGGCAAAACUGCAAACUCUUCACUUAGAGCACAUAGAUUUUCAAGCCCACGCUCGCGUCGCGCCGUUCGAGCCACAACAAAUUGCCAUCGCAUGAUAAUCCAUCUCACAACUAUCGAGAUCAAGCUCGUAAUGCGAUGAUACAUA